ACCCUCAAUUUAUACUUCUAAAUUCGAAUCUCUCCCCGGAAAAAAGAAGGAAAAAGAAAACGUUAAAAAUCAAAUCGUCCUCCCCCCACUCUGCAACCCAAACAAAAUUAGCCGUAAAAUUGCAACAGCUCACACUUAAAAUGGCAGCCUCUUCUCCAGUCAUUAGCAAUAACAGCUCCGACAUCGGCCAAACCGCCAUCUCCGCCGCCGCCGCAGCGUCUUUCAGCGUGCCACCGAAGACUCUCCGCGGCCUCAACAAACCUAAGUGUAUUCAGUGCGGCAACGUUGCCCGCUCCAGGUGCCCUUAUCAGUCGUGCAAAAGUUGCUGCUCAAGAGCUCAAAAUCCAUGCCAUAUUCACGUUCUUAAAGCCAAUGCAACAUUUCCGGACAAGACUCCAGCUUCAAGUGCUCCUAUCUUUGAGCAGCAGCCGAAUGAAGCACCUCCUGCAGUGAGUUCUCAUAGAACCGCAUCACUUAGGCAACUUUCUAGCAAUUUUUCCCAAUUCAACAAUUUACAUUCACCACUCCGUUCAAGGAAAUCAUUGACCAGAAAGGAAGCUGCGGCUAUAAAUGAAUGGAGGUUUUCCAAAUUGAAGGAAUUCAAGGAUAGAAAUAUUGAAGUGGAAAAUGAAGCCUUUGAUCGGUACAUGCAUAAUAUUAGCCUACUGGAAGAGGUAUUCUCUUUGAAAUCUUUUCUAGAAGGCUCCACUGAGGAUGGAUCACUCUCUUCAAACCACGACCAUGCAUCUGCAGAGGAUGAUGACACAGAGGAAAAGAUGGUUUCAGAGCAGAAGUUGAAGCUUCGGUCAAAUCCUAGAAGGAGUGAGAAUGUCCGUAAGAGGCUACAACAACUUGUUGAUGGAGGAUUGAAGAAGCUUCAGAAACUCGAGUUGAAUAAUGGCAGUGUUAAUAACCAAAAUGAACUUGAUAAAAGGCCGGAGAAGGCAAAAGGUUUGAGGGCGGAGAGGGCUUCAGCUUUAAGUGAUCUUAUUGACAAGCUAAACAAGGCCCGCAACGAAGAAGAUCUAAAUUCUUGCAUGGAGAUAAAUGCCCAACUUUCUAGUCAGCACACUCGGUCUAGAACAGAAACCAAAGCUGUUGAGGUAUCGAGGGAGCAAAUUGCCAAAAAUGACUUGGCACCACCCCAAAAAGAAUUGGAUUAUUUUUCGCAAAAAUUAUUUAGAACAGUGGAAAUUGACCACCAAGCUCUGACAAGUAUAGAUGCACACUUCUCUUCCCUAGAAAAGAUAGAAGAUUUGUGAUGUGGUUAGGUCUAUUAAUAGAGGAUAGAGAUUAGGUUAGUCUAGAAGAUAGAAGCUAUGCUUGAAUACUGAUCUAGUCUGGUGGCCUGAACUUUUCUCAUCUAGUUUUGCCCAUUCUUGGAUGUCAUUGUUGUGCAAAAUUUGUCGUCGUUGAUAUGGAAAUUAGUAAGAUCCACGUGCCAUGUAUUUUCUUUUGCAUCAGGUCUUCCGUGAAGGUUGAUUGCGUUUCGCUUUUAUGGGUUAAA